AUGACAGUCACCUCCCGCGAGCGAAAAUGGUGGAAAGAGGCCGUCAUUUACCAGAUCUACCCAGCCUCGUUCUGCGACUCCGACGGCGAUGGCAUCGGUGAUUUGCCCGGCAUCAUCUCCAAGCUGGAUUACAUCGCCAGCCUAGGCGUCAACGUCAUCUGGAUCUGCCCCAUGUACGACAGUCCACAGGUCGACAUGGGCUACGACAUCUCCAACUACGAAGAUGUGUACGGGCCCUACGGCACGGUUCAGGACAUGGAGGUGCUCAUCCGCGAGACCCAUGCCCGCGGCAUGCGCAUCAUGCUCGACCUCGUCAUCAACCACACCUCGGACCAACACGCCUGGUUCAAGGAGUCUCGCUCGAGCAGGGACAACCCCAAGAGAGACUGGUACGUCUGGAGGCCCGCCAAGUACUCACCCGCCGGGGAGAGACUUCCUCCCAACAACUGGCGCUCCAGCUUUGGUGGCGGCAGUGCCUGGCAGUGGGACGAGCCGACUGGCGAGUAUUACCUGCACCUGUUUGCCGCGGAGCAGCCCGACUUGAACUGGGAAAACGCCGUCACCAGAGAGGCCAUUUACAAGACCGCCAUGGAGUUCUGGCUCGACCGCGGCGUCGACGGGUUCCGCGUCGACACCGUCAACAUGUACAGCAAGCCCGAGGGCCUGCAGGACGCGCCCGUCGUGGACCCCAAGGCUCCCUUCCAGCCUGCCUGGCUCCUGUACUGCAACGGGCCUCGCAUGCACGAGUUCCUGUCCGAGAUGAACGCCAUUCUCGCCCGGUACGGCGCCAUCACCGUCGGCGAGCUGCCCUGCACGCCCGACAUGGAAAAGGUGUUGAAGUACGUCAGCGCCAAGGAGAAGCAGCUGGACAUGGUGUUCCAAUUCGACGUCGUCGACACCGGCUUCGGCAAGACGCACAAGUACGAAACCACGCCCAAGAACUACGCGCUGCCCGAAUUCAAGGCCGCCGUCUCGCGGACCCAGGGGCUCAUCCACGGCUCCGACGGCUGGACGACCGUCUUCCUCGAGAACCACGACCAGGCGCGGUCAGUGUCCCGCUUCACCGACGACGGGCCCGAGCAUCGCGAGCGCGGGGCCAAGCUGCUCGCCCUCAUGGAGUCGUGCCUCAGCGGCACGCAGUACGUCUACCAGGGCCAGGAAAUCGGCUGCGUCAACGUCCCAAAGGACACGUACCCCCUGGAAAACUACCUCGACAUCGACAGCUGCCUCUUCGUCAAGAUGACGCGGGACCUCUACGGCGCCGAAAACAAGCAGGAGCUGGACAAGGCCUUUUCCGCCCUGCAGCAUCUGGCCCGCGACCACGCGCGCGUUCCCAUGGCGUGGGACGGCAAGGCCAAGUUCGGGGGCUUCUCGGAAGCCGCAGACAAGGCAGGACUCCCUGUCGCGGAGCCGUGGAUGAAGCCGCACCCGCUGGCGGGCGAGAUCAACGUCGGCUCGCAGCUGGACGACCCAGACAGCGUGCUCGCAUUCUGGCGCAAGAUGCUGCGUUUCAGGAGGGAGCACGCCGACCUACUUGUGUACGGCGACUUUCGAGACCUGCGACCCCAGGACAAGGACUUGUUUGUGUUUGUGAAGGAGGGUCCGCACGGGGGCGGUAAAGCUGUUGUCGUCUUGAACUUUGCCACCCACGAGACGAGGUUGGAUAUGCCGAGCGCGGAGGAGCUUGGCGUGCAGCACGCCAAUUUCGUGCCUGUCAUGUCCACGCACGGCGGCAAGGCCAAACAAGGCGUGUUGUCGCCUUUCGAGGGACGGGUGUUUCUUGUUGGGGCUUGA